AUGCUAUCCCAAAAUCUUCUGGCUUCUUUCUUAGGACUUCUUGUCACCACAAAGGUCGUUACGGCAGCUUUAGAUAGCGGGAUUUUCGAUAAGUCUGCCUAUGGGCAGGCAGAAUGGAGCCGGUACUGCUCGAGCUCGGUAUCAAAAUCGGCUGAUUUGCUCGCGCAUGCUUGUUUCACGAUCCAUGACGAUAUCACCUCGGCUGUCCAUUCUUCCUCGGAGGACCAUCUGGGCUAUGCGUCUGCUUCAGGACAAGAUUUCGUCGUAACCGCUCCAGAGGCGCGACAGAACAGCAAGGUUGAGUUCUUCGCUAGCGGCUUCUGGUUCUCUGUUCGCUUUUCAGCCUUUCUCAAGUGUGCAAACGUUUCCGUUAGAGCCCCAAUCAGAGUUUCUAGGGGAAGAACAAAGGAGGGUCAAGAGCCAGCUCUGGCGCCAUUCAUGGAGGGAACGUAUUGUGCCGGUUCUGAACGGAAAAUCUUCACUUUGUAG